AUGGGGCUCGACGUUAGACCCUGGCGUGCGCGCUGGACCAGGCGUCAGAGUUUUCCACGCCGCCAGUCCCCAUCGCGCACCGCGUAUGCUACCGCCGGCUGCGAGGAGCGGGUACAACCACAACCAGCCGCGCCACCAACCACCAUCGCGCACCGCGUGUGCUACCGCCGGCUGCGAGGAACGGGUACAGCCACCAUCAGCCGCGCCACCAACCACCAUCGCGCACCGCGUGUGCUACCGCCGGCUGCGAGGAGCGGGUACAACCACAACCAGCCGCGCCACCAGCCACCAUCACGCACCGUGUGUGCUACCGCCGGCUGCGAGGAGCGGGUACAUCCACCACCAGCCGUGCCUCCGGCCACCAUCGCACACCGCGUAUGCUACCGCCGGCUGCGAGGAGCGGGUACAACCACAAUCAGCCGCGCCACCAACCACCAUCGCGCACCGCGUAUGCUACCGCCGGCUGCGAGGAACGGGUACAGCCACCACCAGCCGCGCCACCAGCCACCAUCGCGCACCGCGUGUGCUACCGCCGGCUGCGAGGAGCGGGUACAACCACAACCAGCCGCGCCACCAACCACCAUCGCGCACCGCGUGUGCUACCGCCGGCUGCGAGGAGCGGGUACAACCACAACCAGCCGCGCCACCAACCACCAUCGCGCACCGCGUGUGCUACCGCCGGCUGCGAGGAGCGGGUACAACCACAACCAGCCGCGCCACCAACCACCAUCGCGCACCACGUGUGCUACCGCCGGCUGCGAGGAGCGGGUACAACCACAACCAGCCGCGCCACCAACAACCAUCGCGCACCGCGUGUGCUACCGCCGGCUGCGAGGAGCGGGUACAACCACAACCAGCCGCGCCACCAACCACCAUCGCGCACCGCGUGUGCUACCGCCGGCUGCGAGGAGCGGGUACAACCACAACCAGCCGCGCCACCAACCACCAUCGCGCACCGCGUGUGCUACCGCCGGCUGCGAGGAGCGGGUACAACCACAACCAGCCGCGCCACCAACCACCAUCGCGCACCGCGUGUGCUACCGCCGGCUGCGAGGAGCGGGUACAACCACAACCAGCCGCGCCACCAACCACCAUCGCGCACCGCGUGUGCUACCGCCGGCUGCGAGGAGCGGGUACAACCACAAUCAGCCGCGCCACCAACCACCAUCGCGCACCGCGUAUGCUACCGCCGGCUGCGAGGAGCGGGUACAACCACAACCAGCCGCGCCACCAACCACCAUCGCGCACCGCGUGUGCUACCGCCGGCUGCGAGGAGCGGGUACAACCACAACCAGCCGCGCCACCAACCACCAUCGCGCACCGCGUGUGCUACCGCCGGCUGCGAGGAGCGGGUACAACCACAACCAGCCGCGCCACCAACCACCAUCGCGCACCGCGUGUGCUACCGCCGGCUGCGAGGAGCGGGUACAACCACAACCAGCCGCGCCACCAACCACCAUCGCGCACCGCGUGUGCUACCGCCGGCUGCGAGGAGCGGGUACAACCACAACCAGCCGCGCCACCAACCACCAUCGCGCACCGCGUGUGCUACCGCCGGCUGCGAGGAGCGGAUACAACCACAACCAGCCGCGCCACCAACCACCAUCGCGCACCGCGUGUGCUACCGCCGGCUGCGAGGAGCGGGUACAACCACAACCAGCCGCGCCACCAACCACCAUCGCGCACCGCGUGUGCUACCGCCGGCUGCGAGGAGCGGGUACAACCACAACCAGCCGCGCCACCAACCACCAUCGCGCACCGCGUGUGCUACCGCCGGCUGCGAGGAGCGGGUACAGCCACCACCAGCCGCGCCACCAGCCACCAUCGCGCACCGCGUGUGCUACCGCCGGCUGCGAGGAGCGGGUACAACCACAACCAGCCGCGCCACCAACCACCAUCGCGCACCGCGUGUGCUACCGCCGGCUGCGAGGAGCGGGUACAACCACAACCAGCUGCGCCACCAACCACCAUCGCGCACCGCGUGUGCUACCGCCGGCUGCGAGGAGCGGGUACAACCACAACCAGCCGCGCCACCAACCACCAUCGCGCACCGCGUGUGCUACCGCCGGCUGCGAGGAGCGGGUACAACCACAACCAGCCGCGCCACCAACCACCAUCGCGCACCGCGUGUGCUACCGCCGGCUGCGAGGAGCGGGUACAACCACAACCAGCCGCGCCACCAACCACCAUCGCGCACCGCGGGUGCUACCGCCGGCUGCGAGGAGCGGGUACAACCACAACCAGCCGCGCCACCAACCACCAUCGCGCACCGCGUGUGCUACCGCCGGCUGCGAGGAGCGGGUACAGCCACCACCAGCCGCGCCACCAGCCACCAUCGCGCACCGCGUGUGCUACCGCCGGCUGCGAGGAGCGGGUACAGCCACAACCAGCCGCGCCACCAACCACCAUCGCGCACCGCGUGUGCUACCGCCGGCUGCGAGGAGCGGGUACAGCCACCACCAGCCGCGCCACCAGCCACCAUCGCGCACCGCGUGUGCUACCGCCGGCUGCGAGGAGCGGGUACAACCACAACCAGCCGCGCCACCAACCACCAUCGCGCACCGCGUGUGCUACCGCCGGCUGCGAGGAGCGGGUACAACCACAACCAGCCGCGCCACCAACCACCAUCGCGCACCGCGUGUGCUACCGCCGGCUGCGAGGAGCGGGUACAACCACAACCAGCCGCGCCACCAACCACCAUCGCGCACCGCGUGUGCUACCGCCGGCUGCGAGGAGCGGGUACAACCACAACCAGCCGCGCCACCAACCACCAUCGCGCACCGCGUGUGCUACCGCCGGCUGCGAGGAGCGGGUACAACCACAACCAGCCGCGCCACCAACCACCAUCGCGCACCGCGUGUGCUACCGCCGGCUGCGAGGAGCGGGUACAACCACAACCAGCCGCGCCACCAACCACCAUCGCGCACCGCGUGUGCUACCGCCGGCUGCGAGGAGCGGGUACAGCCACCACCAGCCGCGCCACCAGCCACCAUCACGCACCGCGUGUGCUACCGCCGGCUGCGAGGAGCGGGUACAGCCACCAUCAGCCGCGCCACCAGCCACCAUCACGCACCGUGUGUGCUACCGCCGGCUGCGAGGAGCGGGUACAACCACCACCAGCCGCGCCACCAGCCACCAUCACGCACCGCGUAUGCUACCGCCGGCUGCGAGGAGCGGGUAUAG